AUGAAAUUAUUUUUGACUGGUGGCUCUGGUUAUCUAGGUCGUAAUUUUAUAAAAUACGUGCUUUCUCAAGACAAACAAACUACAAUUAAUGUCUUAGCACUCUCAAGCACUUCUGAUAAAUAUAUAUUAAGUGCUUGUGAUGAUGUCGAAGAUGGUAAAAAACGUGUUAGAAUAAUUCGUGGAAGUAUUAAUGACGAAGCUGCUAUCAAAGAAGGAUUGAACGGAGUUGAUGUCGUUGUUCAUAUGGCUGCAAAGGUUCAACCAUGGGGUUACUUUACCGACUUUGAAAAAGUCAAUAUUAAAGGAACUUCACAACUUCUCUCUAUCAUUUCCACCUUACCACAAAAACCACGUUUCAUUUACAUUUCGUCGUUUACAUCUCUUAUAAGUAAUCAUUAUCCAAAAGAUGCGUUGCCUGAUUGGGCACCAUAUUCAAAAUCCAAAUGUCUUGCCGAAGAUUUAGUUUUAAAGUCUACUUAUUCGAACGUGAUCGUUCUUAGAUUAGGUUGGCUAUGGGGAAAAGAUGAUACUAUAUUGUUACCGAAAUUAACAAAUUUGAGUAAAAAUCCGUUAUGGUUAUUUACUCCUGAUUGCUGGGAAUUAUCGAUUUUACAUGUCACCAAUGCUUGCGAAGCUAUUUUUCUUUCUUGCAUUCAUCAAUUCGAGGCUGAUCAAAUAGAAGAAAGGACAAUUUAUGAGAUUGAAGAUUCACAAGGAAAAGUUAAGGUGGAAGAUUUUAUGGAGUUUUAUGUUGGAGCAGCAACUGAUGUCAGCCCUCCAAGACCUUUUAAGACUUUUAGGGCGCCUAAGUGGUUAAUUUGGGGAUCUAUCACCUUUAUUGAGUGGAUACCUUUUCUAGGAUAUAGUAAACGCUGGAUGCUUGAUGGCAUGAACAGGGAGUCUUUAUUAUGCUUGUUCCAAGAUUACCGAUUGUAUUCUGAUAAUGCUAAAAAAGAGUUGGGAUAUGUUGGACAUGUUAGUAGAGAACAGGGAAUACAAGAGUUGAAAAGAAUGCAUUUGAACGAAUAA